AUGGUUGAAAUUGUGGACUGUACCAGAAAUUUAAAGCCUUUUUUCCAGUCAAAGGAUCCCAGAUUAAGUGAGGGGAUAACCUACUGUGGGAAAACAGACACUCUAUACUGGAUAGAUAUCUAUAAAGCACAAAUUCAUAGGAUCCAAAACUUUCAAAAUGGAUCACCAUCUUCGAUGCAGUCAAAUUAUGGUGUUGUCACAAUAUCUCAAGAGAACUAUAAUGAGAGAUUGUUCAAUAUCUCUUACCCAAAGGAACAUUCUGAAUAUAAAGAAUCCAUCGGUGUUAUCUUUCCUAAUGACAAUGAAGAUGGACUGGACUCUCAUUUAAUAUAUUUUGGAUCUAAAUUUGGGAUAGCACAGUACAACUAUAAGUCAGAUCAAUGGGGUUAUAUAAUCUUGUACUCCUCGUGUCCGGAACUGAAACUGUAUGGUCACAAACUAAGAUCCAAUGAUGGUAACGUUACGCCAGAUGGCAAAUACAUUAUUGUUGGGUUAAUGGAAGAUUUCAUGUAUGAUGCGUCGAAGAGUGAUAAAGGUUGUGUGUUAAGAGUCGACUUGAACAAUCAAGAGAUCACGAUGAUGGUGAAUGGGAUGAAAAUUCCUAAUGCAUUCCAUUGGAACCAAGAUAAUAGUAAGAUGUAUAUCACUGACUCCUUAAAUUUUACAAUUUGGGAAUAUGAGUAUAACACGAUCGAAAAUAGAUUAGUUUUGCCACAUAGGAAACGUGCAUUGUUUGAUAUCCAUAAAUAUAACGUAGAUUUUGAAUCACCAGAACCUGACGGAAGUGAUAUAGAUUUAAUUAAUGGACUAUUAUACGUAAGUGUUUGGUCGACCAGUCAAAUCCAGGUUUAUGAUAUUCAAACAGGCAAAUUGGCCAAAAGAUAUCUGUUACCUUUGAAUACACCAAGAAUCUCGUGUUGUUGUCUUGUUGGAGGUGAUUUAUUAGUUACUUGUGCAAACCAGUAUAUUACUGAUGAUGAACAGUUGAGUAAUAAUAAUCAUGAUAAUAAGGAUGUAAAUGGAGGUUGUGUUUAUAGAAUUGAAAAUGUGACUCAAAAUAUGUUUCCAAAAAGGUCUUCAAAAAGAUCACUCAAAUUUUAA